UGAUGCCCUACUGCAGUGUGUGUAUAUAGCAGCGAGGGACUCGCUGGAGUCUAGGAGGAGUUGCGGCAAGGUCGGGAAAAGCAUCCUUUGACCAUAAACACCGAAAUCGACCAGCCACGGGAUCAAUUAGCAUUAUAAAGACACCUCAAAGCUUUAAGACCGAGAACUGUCUCGGCUCUUAAUUUUGCGCCGAGGAGCAUCUGUAGGAGCCGAAAGCAGACACCUUCCUCUUGCUUGUAGAGUGAGCUAGCAUUCUCCAUUUGUGUCCGCAUGUCUGGAGUCGUGCUGCCAGUUUGAACAAGGCAAAGCGGCAGUCACCCUGACUGAAUUUUUGAAGCACGUUUCCUGUUAACGAGCAUCCAGGCGGUCUUUUCACCACCAGGGAAGUGAACGGGAUUGUGUCUGCUACUUCUAUGUCCCGGACAUCUGGUAAAAGGACUGUGUGACAUCAGUUUAGUGUAGUUGUCGCGAGUUGAGCUAAACGCAUAGCUAGCGGUCGUAUUCCAAAGCAUACCUUGCUGAUUGGUAACAUUAACGUUAGCCAUGUCAGACCCAGCUUCACCGGCUGACUCUCCCGCCCAGGGAGAUCAUGCCGCGCCAGAAUCCGAGGGGUUGACCGUGGACGCUGGAUUGAAACCUGCGGGUCCCACGCCAAGCCAGAGUCGCUUUCAAGUGGAUCUUGUUGCUGAAGCCGCCGGCGCCGGGGGUGACAAAACGCCCGGUUCAGAUGCUUCCACAAACGCAUCUAGUGACAAAGCCGCUCCCGCCGCCGAUGAGGCAGCCAACGCGGCGGAGGAGGCGAAGGGCAGAUUCCGGGUAGUGAACUUUGCGGAUCCAAGCGGAGCGGAGAGCCCCCCAGACGGCGUGCCCGAGGGUGUCGGGAAUGGAGACACCGUAAUGAGUGAAACUAGCCUGCAUUCAUCAACCGGAGGCCCGCACCAAUAUCACUAUGACACUCACACCAACACCUACUAUCUGAGGACUUUCGGCCACAAUACCAUAGAUGCGGUUCCGAAGAUUGACUUUUACCGGCAGACUGCAGCGCCCCUGGGCGAGAAGCUUAUCAGACCCACCCUGUCGGAGCUGCACGACGAGUUGGACAAGGAGCCGUUUGAGGAUGGCUUUGCCAAUGGCGAGGAGCUCACCCCGGUGGACGAGUCGGCCGCCAAGGACGCCCAGGACGCCAAGGGCUCCGUCAAGUUCGGAUGGAUCAAGGGAGUCUUGGUGCGCUGCAUGUUGAACAUUUGGGGGGUGAUGCUCUUCAUCCGCAUGACAUGGAUCGUGGGCCAAGCGGGAAUCGUGUACUCCUGUGUCAUCGUCCUCAUGGCUACUGUAGUAACCACCAUCACCGGCUUCUCCACAUCGGCCAUCGCCACGAACGGCUUUGUACGAGGAGGAGGGGCCUACUACUUGAUAUCGAGAAGUUUAGGUCCCGAGUUUGGUGGAUCCAUCGGCCUCAUAUUUGCCUUUGCCAAUGCUGUGGCUGUAGCCAUGUAUGUGGUAGGCUUUGCCGAAACUGUGGUGGAGCUGCUGCAGUCGUAUGACGCCGUCAUGCUGGACUCGGUCAACGACGUGCGUAUCAUUGGCGUCAUCACGGUCAUCAUCCUGCUGGGCAUCUCCGUGGCCGGGAUGGAAUGGGAGGCCAAGGCUCAGAUCUUCCUGCUGUUCAUCCUGUGCUCUGCCAUCGUCAACUACUUCAUUGGGUCCUUCAUCAUGGUGGAGUCCAAGAAACCAUAUGGAUUCUUUGGCUAUGAAGGCACUCUAUUGUGGGAGAACAUGGGUCCGGACUUCCGAGGAGAAUCCUUCUUCUCCGUGUUCUCCAUCUUCUUCCCGGCUGCCACUGGUAUCCUCGCUGGCGCCAACAUCUCAGGGGAUCUUGCUGACCCACAACUGGCCAUCCCCAGGGGAACUCUGUUAGCCAUAUUGAUCACUGGAAUUGUCUACUUGGGAGUUGCCGUCUCCACAGGAGCCUGCAUUUCUCGUGAUGCCCCCGGGCCCAACAUCGCGUUCAACAUGAGCGUGGGUUCCAACUGCAGCAGCUAUUCCUGCUUCGACUUCUCCUUCUGCAAACCUUCGGGUGAUGCGGUCGAGUCCACCUGCAAGUUUGGGCUUCACAACGACAUGCAGAUCAUGAGCACUGUAGCCGGCUUCUCCCCCCUCAUCACAGCUGGCAUCUUCUCAGCCACGCUCUCCUCUGCCCUGGCAUCCCUCGUCAGCGCCCCUAAAGUGUUCCAGGCUCUAUGCAAAGACAAUAUCUACCCAGGAAUUGGCUGGUUCGGCAAGGGCUUCGGCAAGAACAAUGAGCCCCUGAGAGGCUACAUCCUGACCUUCUUCAUUGCCCUGGCUUUCAUCCUCAUUGCUGAGUUGAACGCCAUCGCUCCCAUCAUCUCCAACUUCUUCCUGGCCUCCUACGCUCUGAUCAACUUCUCCGUGUUCCACGCCUCUCUUGCCAACUCCCCCGGCUGGCGUCCCAGCUUCAAGUACUACAACAUGUGGGUGUCCCUGGCGGGGGCGGCCCUCUGCUGUGUGGUCAUGUUUGUCAUCAACUGGUGGGCGGCCCUGCUCACCAACGUCAUCGUCAUGUCCCUCUACAUCUACGUCAGCUACAAGAAGCCCGAUGUCAACUGGGGAUCCUCCACACAGGCCCUGACCUACCACAAUGCCUUGACCCACAGCCUGCAGCUCUGCGGGAUCACCGACCACAUCAAGACCUACAGGCCUCAGUGUUUGGUGAUGACUGGUGCCCCUAAUGCUCGUCCUGCGCUGCUGAACCUGGUCCAUGCCUUCACCAAGAACGUGGGCCUGAUGGUGUGCGGACACGUGCGCAUCAGUAACCGCAAGAACACCCUGAAAGAGUUGAAUAAUGACGUGGUGCGCUACCAGCGCUGGCUGCUGAAUAACAACUCCAAGGCCUUCUACACCCCUGUCCUGGCAGAGGACCUCAGGCAGGGCACACAGUACCUGCUGCAGGCGGUUGGUCUGGGUCGGCUGAAGCCCAACACGUUGGUGCUCGGCUACAAGAACAACUGGAUGGAUGGAGACCUGAACGACGUGGAGAGAUACAUCAACCUCAUCCACGAUGCCUUUGACUUGCAGUAUGGUGCCGUUAUCCUGCGUCUCAAGGAAGGCCUCGAUAUCUCCCACAUCCAAGGACAAGAUGACACAUCAGGGCUGAAGGACGUGGUGGUUUCCAUCGACACGAGCAAAGACUCGGAUGGGGACUCGUCCAAGCCCUCCUCCAAAGCCACCAGCGUCCAGAACAGCCCGGCCGUCCAGAAAGAUGAUGACGAGGAUGCCAAAGGGACCACGCAGCCCCUGUUGAGAAAAGAUAAGAAGAGUCCGACGGUGCCCCUGAACUCAGCCGACCAGAAGCUGCUGGAGGCCAGUGAGCAGUUCCAGAAGAAGCAGGGCAAAGGAACCGUGGACGUGUGGUGGCUCUUUGACGACGGCGGUCUGACCCUGCUCAUCCCCUACUUGCUGACCAACAAGAAGAAGUGGAAGGACUGCAAGAUCCGGGUCUUCAUCGGCGGCAAGAUCAACCGCAUCGACCACGACCGCAGAGCGAUGGCCACCCUGCUGAGCAAGUUCAGGAUAGACUUCUCCGACAUCACCGUCCUGGGAGACAUCAACACCAAGCCCAAGUCCGAGAAUGUGGCUGCGUUUACCCAGAUGGUGGAGCCGUACCGCCUGAAGGAGGACGACAUGGAGCAGGAGGCGGCUGAGAAGCUGAAGAACGAGGAGCCCUGGAGGAUUACAGACAACGAGCUGGAGCUCUACAAGGCCAAGAGCAAUCGGCAGAUCAGGCUGAACGAGCUGUUGAAGGAGCACUCGAGCACAGCAAACCUCAUCGUCAUGAGCAUGCCGCUGGCCCGUAAGGGGGCGGUGAGCAGCUGCCUGUACAUGGCCUGGCUGGAGACGCUGUCCAAGGACCUGCCGCCCCUCCUGCUGGUCAGGGGCAACCACCAGAGCGUCCUCACCUUCUACUCCUAGAGGAGCACGCACAGCAAGCAAGCACACUCUCCUGAGCACAUCUGCACACACACACACACACACACACACACACACACACACACACACACACACACACACACACACACACACACAGACACAGACAGACAUACACACAGACAGACAUACUGUACACACACGUACGCACACACAUACUGUAUGCACACACAUACUGUAUACACGCACACACACAUACUGUACACACACACACACACACACACACACACACACACACACGCACACACUUUUUUGUUUUGUUUCACACAUUAGUCCUUCAAGGGCACCACACCUCAAUUCCACUCCCCAAACAACCAACCUGCUGUCAAAACCCAUCACGACUGUCCUCAUCACUGCAACACACACACACACACACAUACACACACACACACCAACAGACUCAACUUGUGCGCAGACACACACAAGUGAAGGUCAAGAGAAGGAGCCUGUGCGAUGAAGAAAAUGAUGAUGACGAUGAAGAUAUUAAGGAUGAAGAGGAGGCUGAUUGACUCAGUGAGGAUGAUGAAGACCGUACCACUAGGACAGUGUGGAGGGAGGGAAGGAGCGAAGGAGGAAGUGAGGUCUGAGGGAGAGGUGAGAUGGGGUAGAGGGUGCGGUGUUUUGUGGUGUGGAGUUGGGUGGGGGUGGAGUCUAGCCAAUGGCUGUGGUCAGCCGUGUCUGUGCCCUCAGCCCCCCACGGAAUCGCAGGGUACGUUCUGAACCUCUGUGCCAUCUUGGUUAUGGAACAGGCGAUGAGAACAAUCUUUAGAAACUUUCUAUAUAUAUAUAUAAAAAAGGUCAAGUUGUUUUCCUUUCAUUAUUCUUCUUUUAUUCAUUGUUUUUUUUCUCUUCUGUCCUAUUUUCUGUUGUUUUAUUUUCCCAAAGAAAGGCACCUAGAUAUGCAGAGGUCACGCUGGAUAGGAUUUAUUUUAUUUUAUUUCAAAAUGAUAAUGUUGGGUAUUUUCAUUGUCAUCAUAAUUAUUCUGAAUUAUUAUUUCUUAGUUUUUUUUUAUAAAAAAAAGUUGUCACAGUCACGGUUGCGAAGUUCUUUGUUUCAUUCUUUUUUGCUGCAGUAAUCAGCAAUAACCACCCAUGUUUCUUUUCUCCUCACAUGGAAUAGAACCAUGCAGAAUGCUUUUGCAACACCUUAAAUAGCCUUAAAAAUGUGCCUUCCAGUUCAAUCAAAUGACAUUGUUGUUAUUAUUAUUAAUAUUAGUAUGCGAAAAUGAAGUCUUUCUGCCCUUGAUUGAUAAAAAAAUAAUAAUGUGUAAGCGAAUGCGUUUAUUUUUAUUGGGUUUUAACGGUAUAAAGUGUUUAUUUUAUUUAUUUAUAGUUCUUUUUUAAAUGCUUAAGUGGACGAGCUCCACUUUUACAAACAGUUCCACCUCAAAGCAUAGAAGGUCACUAUUUAUCUUCUACUGGGCUCUGAUUGCUUCAAUAUUUUAGUUUCUCCUUCAGUUUUAUUUUAUUUGGUUUUAUUGUAUAUUUUUUAUUUCUCUGUACUCCAUGUACUUUGGGUCUUCCUCUACAAGCUGUGAUGGGAACGAGAUUACCUUCACUGCACAGUGCCCUCUGGCUCCCGGAGUCGUACUCUGAGACGGAGACCGCUGUCGCUAACCCUAGCACUAGCGGCCGAUAGCAUCUCUUCCUGCUGUAAGGGCAUUGCUCAGUGUCCACACUGUAGUAGUACUACUUAUUUAAGCAUACUUCUGGACUGUUUUUGGGUGUAUUGUAGGGUCUAACGGUAGUUCGAAGAGCAAUUAUUUUGUCUUCUGUUUGUUUUUUUUUGUUUUGUUUUUCUUAACUUUGCUUGGACGUAAACUCUUCUUGUCUGCAGUCUGUUGAGAAGAGCUACUCUGUUUGCUGAAAGAAUGGAUUGCUGUAGGGCCACCCAAGCUGCUAGCACUAUGAGAGGAGUUUCCAAAAAAAACUAUGACCACAACAAGAAGAAGACUAGUGGAACAAAGGAAAGACAGGAAGAUGGAAAGAAAGAAAGAAAGAAAGAAAGAGCGCAAAGUCUGAAGCCUUGUCUGUCCACUCGGUUUGAGACACCACUCAAGAACAAACAGGUUUACUAGCAAACAAACAUGACUUUGCCUUAACAAAUAGAAGUAAUGAUUGUUUGAGUAGCUCCUUUUCCCCUCAUACGAUCGUGUAUAAGCCAUACUGGCUCAAAGAAUAGCAGGUGAAAUGCAAGCCGUAGCUUAGUGCAGUUAGAUGCAUAGGUUGGAUGUAAUAUCUUUGUAUAUUAUCUACGCCUUCUCCUUAAAACAAGAAAUGUAAAUAUAUAGUGUGAACUCUAAACUUGCAUACUACAUUUGUAGAUAUCGCCCAUCCACCAAUUAAAGAGCAUUGCUGGUAUAUGAAAGUGAUGUUUGUCUGCAGAGACGUAUGGAUAAGUUACACCUCAUCACUAAAUGGCCGGAAGCUGUUGUUCCCAAGUCACAACAGAGCAGCCGUUUCCAAUCCAGCAUUUUAUUUUUUUGUGUUUUUGCCGAAUUACAAAACAAAACGGUUCUUUCUCGGGCUAAAACCAUCAGGCUCCUGAGCGACAGCUAGCUUUUAAAAAUUAUUUCAGUUAAAGGUGGUGGUUUUAGAAUGGUGGCAUGAUAGGUGAUGCGUGUUUUUCUUCUUCAGCUUUUUUCCAAAUGCCAUAUUUGCAGAUUUAAAGAUGUCGCAGAGCAGGGCGUAGCGAUAUGUUAGCGAAACGCUAACUUAACAUGAUGAAUGUUGCACACAGUGAGCGGGCUCUGAAUCCAAUGGAUACAUUACCUCUAUGCAGGGGACCUGUCAACUGGCGCUUGAAUUAUUUUUAUUUUCAACAGUUAUCGAUUUAAAUAUGAUUAUUCAUAUUUCAGCUCUGCUCACCUUAAUAUAUAUUUUUAAACUGCGAAGCUCCUGCCCCCUAACAUAUACUGUAUACUAAGGGCAUGUCCUUGUAAUAAACAUGGCUUUGAUUUCUGUCUGCACCUCAUAGUGCACCAGGAUAGAAAAUAAAGCUGUAAUCUCGUCUUUCCAGGAAGGUUCUCAUUUUAAAAAGUUUUAUUUUUUUUUACCUCAGCUCUGCGGUUGGUAUGUUGUUAAGCUGGAUGACCAGCUUAAAGAACAAAUACCAUCACCUCGUGUCAGUUGGUCCUCUCUUAGCCAAACGCCCAUCUUGUGUUCUGUUGUGUCCCUGGACGAGGGGCUUGGGUGUGUUCUUGGUCGCCCCCAGUGCUGUAUAUUGUCUGUAGGCAGGGAGUGGUUGUCUCCAAUGGCUUGGAGGCUUUUAUGCUGUACCGGUUGCCCAGGUCAAAGUUUGAGGAACCGUUUUUAAUAUAUAUAUUUUUUAUUUUGUUUCACUCUGUCACUCUCUGUGCCACUCUCUUGUUUUCCUCACAACGGUUAAGAAUGUCUGUCUGCGUGUUACUGUAAAAAGGGUCAGUCUUUUGAAUGUAAACACUCCAUAACCACACAAAAUAUUUAAUACUCAAAACAAAAGAAAGAGAGAAAGAAAAAUAACAAGGAAACAGCAAUGGCACUGAGUUGGUAGCUACACGCUAUGCUAGUUUUCACUAGGUCUCCAUUUACGUAGUCUUGUUUUUUCGUCUUACCUCCCAGCAGAGGGACUGCUAUGUCUUUCCCUCUCCAGAGUCACUUUUGGCAGCCUCCUGGCAGUGCAUUGCGUGUCAACUGUUAAAUUUUUUUCUUCUGUUUUUCUUUCAUUUGUUUGGGUUGUUGUUGUUGUUGAUGAGACUAUGUGUCUGUCACAGUUUCACCCCCCGUCAUGCUCCAUAGCUCAUGAAAUAAAUGAUGAAAAACAUGCCAUGUAAUUUAAAAAAAAAGUGUCCGAAUGAGUCCAGUCAUAUUUAUAGUUGCUAUAUAUUCUAGUGUUUCAAAUAAAGACGUACUUUGAAGUAUGUGCACAAGCAUGUAGUUACCUUCUGUCUUUUAUAUACACAUAUAUAUAUAUAUAAUAAACAGUGUGUGGGGAUUGUAAAGUUUUUUCCCCCCCAAUUCCUGAUGGUACAAUCAAAAAAUGUCCGUUUGUGGCUACAAAGCACUCACUAAAAAAACAUCCGCCUCACAAACUAGCAACAAAAUAAGCAAGCGCAACCUAUUUAAAUAAAUGAUUGAAGUCUUCUCUAUAUACAUUGGUAUAAACUUACAUAAAAAAGACCAAUUGGGAGAGAAUUUUCUUUAAUUUUCUUUUUCUUUUCUUUUUUUUGAAGAUGUUGAAGUAAACAUGCUAUGGUUAUGUGUCUCAACCAAAUACCUUCUGUGUGUGUGUGCGUGUACGUGUGCAUACUUCAUAGAUGUAAAUACAUUGAAGAAAGAAGGCAGGCCAGCAGAGAGGAGAGGAGAGGAGAGCAGGGAGCAUUGUAUGGGUCUGGGUGUGUGUUGUGUGUGUGUGGGAGAUGAGGGCUGUGUGUAUUUCUGUUUCCUUGGGUAGAGAGGGAGGGAAUGGGGUGUAGAGAUGGGCCAGGGGGGGGGGGGGGGCACAGGUGGCGUCCUGUUCUUUGUGACGGGCACCUUGUGCCGCUCUGCCAGUUUCCCCUCUUAACCCCAAUCCUCCACUCCUCAGAGCUGUCUUACCCCCAUCCCACGCCUCCCUCUGCCCCCCCCCCCCCCCCCUCUCAAACUUCCAUUUAUAGCCAAAGCAACCUCCCCCCUCCCCAUCCCUCCCCCCUCCAUCCCUACACCCCAUCUUCUCCAAAGCCAUCCCGGUCUGUGCCAGCCCUGUCUCUGGAACAAAGACUGAGAAAUAAGUCAGUGGGUUAUUGUUAAGUGAAAUAAGCAAUGGAUAACCUCAUGCUCCUUGACCUGCCUCCCUCCCCAUCCCAACCCUCCCCUGACCUCACCCCACCACCUCGUUCACUCAGCAACUCUAACCUAACUUGUUGUAAAUAACUGUAGUCUAACCAGAGUAAAUUAAGGGAGUGGAAUUGCUUAAUGACAAAUUAAUAUGGAGAAAGAAAAGUAUUUAUUUUAGUUAGAACUUCUCCACGUUUUUAUUAUAGUUAUAUAUUUUUUUCUUCUCUCUUGUUUUUUUUUUCCUUGUUCGCCUAUGUUUCAAAUUUAAAUUGCAUGUUGAUUUUUCGUUUCUGAUUUUUUUUCUCAGUCUAUCUCUCUCUCAUCCCUGUACAUUUCUAUCUUUUAUAUGCCUUUGAAAGAAAUCUAUGUUGACAAACGGUUAAACACGAUGUCUCCUCCUGCUUCACCAUAACGGAUGGACACAAUCUAUCAAAGCUGGGACAGUCAUUUUUUUUGAUAUACUGUACUGUUAACCGUCACAGAUAUGCUUUUUCUAACAUUUUAACAUUUAAAGUUCCCAAUACUUUGUACAUCUUUAUUGCAAUAAAGAAUCAAAUGAAAUGAAUUAA